UGUCUCUGUCUCUGUGUCCCUCCUCCUCCUCCUCCUCCUGCUGCUCUCUGCUCUCUGCCGUCUCUCCAGUCUGAACUGAUCUACUGUUCCUUGCUCUGCUCUCUCUCAGCUGGUGUAGCGACCACACAGCCAGGCUCUCUCUCCGCUUGUUGUUUGGUACUUUUGGUGAACUUUAUCUCCAGUGUGCGUGGUGCGUUGCAGCAUCACUGCUCCUGAGGGCUUUUUGGGAAAACUUGCUGCUGAAAAAUGGACUGAAGCAACAACUCAGCAAAGUGUGGAUACUUAGUGAAAGAAGAGUAUUUGUGUAGCCUCUCUGAGGGUUGAAUUAACCAUGAUGGAAGAGGACGACGGGCAUCAUGAGAACGGGAUCCGCAACACCAAGGAGUCGGACCGGCAGCAGCGGCUCCGGCUCUGUGUUUUAAAUGAAAUACUGAACACCGAGAGGGAUUAUGUCCGGACACUGCUCUUCCUCCAGUCUGCAUUUUUGCAGAGAAUCAGACAAACUGCAGAUGACCAACAGUGUCUCUCACCGGAACAUGUCAAGAUUCUGUUUUCAAACAUUGAGGACAUCCUGGAGUUGCACAAAGAGGUGUUGUAUGCAGUGGAGGCCUGUCUGAAGCCCGAACCCCAUCCUCAGCAUGCACUGGGAUACGUGUUCCUGCAGUUUAGGGAGAGUUUCUCAGUGUACGGCGAGUACUGCAGUAACCAUGAGAAGGCUUUGCGACUUCUCAUGGAGCUAAACAAAAUCCCCAACAUCAGGACCUUCCUGCUGCACUGUAUGCUACUCGGAGGGAAGAAAAGCACAGAUAUUCCCCUUGAGGGCUACCUUCUCACCCCCAUUCAGAGGAUCUGCAAGUACCCUCUGCUGCUGAAGGAGCUGCUGAAGCGGACCCCUAAGAAGCACGCCGACUACCCCGCAGUGGAGGAGGCUCUGCAAGCCAUGAAGGCUGUCUGCUCCAACAUCAAUGAGACCAAGAGGCAGAUGGAGAAACUGGAGGCGCUUGAACAGCUGCAGUCCCACAUCGAGGGCUGGGAGGGCACCAACCUGACCGAUAUCUGCACAGAGUUGCUGCUUCAUGGAAAUCUCCUGAAGAUCUCAGCAGGCAAUAUCCAGGAACGUGUCUUCUUCCUGUUCGACAACCUUUUGGUUUACUGUAAGAGGAAGUCCAGGGUUUCUGGAAAGAAGUCCACCAAGAGGACCAAGUCUAUCAACGGGCCCCUCUAUGUGUUCAGAGGCCGAAUCAACACUGAGGUUAUGGAGGUGGAAAAUGUGGAAGAUGGAACAGCGGACUAUCACAGCAACAACUACACGGUGACGAACGGCUGGAAAAUCCACAACACCGCUAAAAACAAGUGGUUUGUCUGCAUGGCCAAACAUGCAGAGGACAAGCAGAAGUGGCUGGACGCCAUCUUGAGGGAACGGGAGCAGAGAGAAUGUCUCAAACUGGGAAUGGAACGGGACGCCUAUGUGAUGAUUGCAGAGAAGGGGGAAAAGCUCUACCACAUGAUGAUGACCAAGAGUCGGCACCUGAUCAAGGAUCGACGCAGGAAGCUCAGCAUUGUGCCCAAGUGCUUCAUGGGAAAUGAGUUUGUGUCAUGGCUGAUAGAGAGCGGAGAGAUCAGUAAGCCUGACGAAGGGGUCAACCUGGGACAAGCCUUGCUGGAAAAUGGCAUCAUUCACCAUGUGUCGGACAAGCACCAAUUCAAGAACGAGCAGGUGUUGUACCGAUUCCGCUACGACGAUGGCACCUACAAGGCCCGCAGUGAGAUGGAGGACAUCAUGUCUAAGGGCGUCAGGCUGUACUGCCGCCUUCACAGCCUCCACACGCCUGUCAUCAAGGACCGAGACCACCAUCUGAAAACCUUCAAAUCUGUGGUGCCUGCCGGCAAACUGGUUGACUGGCUACUCCAGCAGGGAGACUGCUCAAACCGAGAGGACGCCGUGACGCUGGGUGUGGGGCUCUGCAACAAUGGCUUCAUGCACCACGUCUUGGAGAAGAGCGAGUUCAAAGACGAGUCCCAGUUCUUCCGUUUCUAUGCGGAUGAGGAGAUGGAGGGAACCAGCACCAAGAGCAAGCAGCUCCAGCGCAACGACUUCAAGCUCAUCGAAAACAUCUUGGCCAAGUCCCUGGUGAUCCACCCCGAGGAAGAAGACUACGGCUUUGAGAUUGAGGAGAAAAACAAGGCCAUUGUGGUGAAAUCUGUCACCAGGGGCUCACAUGCUGAGAUGGCUGGCCUGCAGGUGGGCAGGAAGAUCUACACCAUCAACGAGGACCUGCUGUUCCUCAGGCCCUUCUCCGAGGUGGAAACCAUGAUCAGCCAGGCCUUCUGCAUACGACGCUCCCUGCGGCUGCUGGUCGCCACCAAGGCCAAGGAGAUUGUGAAGAUUCCCGACAACCCAGACAGCUUGUCCUUUAGACUCUGUGGCUCUGCCCCUCCUCACGUCCACGCUGUCAGGAAAGGCUGGGAGGCAGCGGGGGCGGGUCUUCAGCCAGGCCAGGUCAUCCUGAAGGUCAACGGCAACAACGUCAACCACAGUGACUACGAAGAGGUCCUGGAGCACUUCACCGCGCAGCACACACACCAGGAGCCUCCGCAAGCGUGUCAGUGGGUGUAUCGUGCAUUUGAGGAUGUGGAAGAGCUCCAAAGAGAAAGAGGUGCAGGUGAGAAGGAGGAGAGCCCUUUCAGUCCGUAUCCAGUGGAGAAUGGGUCUGACCACGAGGAGGAGAACGGCACCAAUGGAACAGACCACCGGCUGGGCAGACUUUCCCUCUCCAAUGAGCUGCCUCUGGUCAGCCUGACGGUAGAUAACGUCCAUCAGGAGCACGGCGUAGUCUAUGAAUACGUUAGCACUGCCGGCAUCAAGAGCCACGUCCUGGAGAAGAUGGUGCAGCCCAAAGGCUGCUUCAGCCUCACUGCUAAGAUCCUGGAGGCAUUUUCUGGCGAUGACAGCCUCUUUGUUCGUAACUGCAGCCAGCUCAUCUCGCAGAGUGACCGAGUCGUUACCAUGCCUCAGUACGAGUUCAGACAAAUCUGUGACACCAAGCUGGAGAGUAUCCGACGGCGUAUCAGCAGCUACCAGCAGUUUACCCUGGAGCUGAAGAACAAGGCAUGGCCCUCCUUCAGGCAGGCCGGUGUUCGCCCUCACCCGCUGGGCUGCAUGGACUUUGUUCCCACCAACUGCCACGUCAACUUCAUGCAGGUCUCUUACCCCAAGAGCACUACCUCUGCCGGCAGGACUUUCAGCAUCCGCUUUGGGCGCAAGAACUCCCUGUAUGGCCUGGAUCCUGACCAAGCACAACUGAACCCCAUGUCCCACACCCAGCACUGUGUGACCAGCAUGGGGGCUCCUUCCUGGAACUGCUCCGGCCUGGACGGGGACGAGGCUGACGGCAGCGGGGAGGUGACCGUGGACGGAGGCGAGGGGGAAAAUGACAGUCGGCCGCCGCGGGCUGGCCACGGGGAAGGCGGGUUGAGCUUCCUGCUCAAACAGGAAGACACAGAGACCCAGGACGCCUACAUUUACCUAUACAGCCGCCUGGACGUUGCUGUGAGGGAGAUGAGGCAGUAUGUUGCUCAGAUAGAUGUGCUCUUGUCGUCUAUCACCGAGCCCACGCAACUCCAAGGGGAGGGUGGGGAGCCUCCGGUGUACGAGCCGAGUCAGCCACCCUCUCUGGCCCCCUGCGAGGACGGCUGCGACCAGGACAAAGUGGAGCAAGGUGGCAUUAAAAGAGUCUGCUUCAAGGUGAACGAGGAGGACCAGGAGGACUCGGGUCACGACACAAUGAGCUACAGGGACUCCUACAGUGAAUGCAACAGCAACAGAGAUUCGGUCCUGUCCUACACCAGCGUGCGAAGCAACAGCUCUUACCUGGGGAGUGAUGAGAUGGGAUCAGGAGAUGAGCUGCCGUGCGACAUGAGGAUUCCCUCGGACAAACAGGACAAGCUGCACGGCUGCCUCGAGCACCUUUUCAACCAGGUUGACUCCAUCAACUGCCUACUCAAAGGAAAUGUUAUGACCAAGGCCUGUGAGGAAACCAAGCACUUUUACUCUGACCUCAGCCAACCAGAGUUCCGCCAAACAGAAGACUGGACGUUGCAUUGUCAUCACAUUAUCCGCAAGAACAUCCAGGAGGACCCUUGGAACCUGCCCAACUCUAUCAAAACCCUGGUGGAGAGCCUGCAGAGAUUCGUGGACGAUGGGAAGAACCAGCUCCUCCUGGCUCUGCUGAAGUGCACAGACACUUCUCUGCAGCUGCGACGGGAUGUGAUCUUCUGCCAGGCGGCGACGGGCGCCCUGUGCACGCUGGCGGAGCAGCUGCUGGCGGCGCUGCGGUCGCGGUUCAACAACGCCGGAGAGUACCAGGAAGACGGCAAGGAGACCAGCCGCAAGUGGCUGGAGCAGAUAUCGGUCAUUGGCGUGCUGCUGCACUUCCAGUCCACACUAGCGCCACACCUGAAAGAGGAGCGGACCAUGCUGGAGGACACCAAGGCGGCCCUGUUGGAUUUGGACAAAGUCACUGUGUUCUUCAGGCAACUGGAGGAUGAGUGUCUCGUCGCAAACACACCAGUGUGUUACCAGGUGGAGGGCAGCCGGCAGGCCCUGAGGGUCACCCUGUACCUGGACAGCUGUCACUUCAGUGAGCUGCCCACUCGGCUGCAGAACGGAGGCAGCCUCAAACUCCACACCGUCCUCUUCACCAAGGCACUGGAGCGUCCGGAGGGAGUGUCCCAGCAGGACUUCGCAGCCAUGGAGGAGUUCCAGCAGCGCACCAACGCCGUCUCUCUAGAGAAGGUUAAGGCCUACUACCGCAGACUCAGGGCUUUCUAUCUGGAGAAGUCCAAUCUCCAGACAGACUCGAACACCACAGCAAUGAAGAUAGACCAGAUACUGGGCCUUGAAGUUAGAGACCUUCAACCAAGCAUUUCAAAACUGCUGCGACCCCUCAACACGCUGGACGACCUGUGUCGACUAAUGCAGUCGUACGUCAACGUGCGCCCGAACGCCCAAGGCCACCCGUCGGGUGUCAGCGUGCUGUGUGUGUCCUCCGAGCUGUGUAACCGCCUGGGAGCCUGUCACAUCACCAUGUGUGGAACAGGAAUGCAGAGGUGUACCCUUAAUGUGACACUGGAGCAGGCGAUGAUCUUAGCCAGGAACCACGGCCUCAUGCCGCGCUGCAUCAUGCAGACCAUGGAUAUAAUGCGCAAACAGGGUGCUAGAGUUGAGCUCUCGGCUAAAAAUCUCAAGGUUAUGGACCAGAUGCCUCCAUCAUUCCCAAGGCUCUUCAAGCUGUGCUUGCCACCCUCAGAUGGAGACCUCUAAGAAAACCGUCACUUCAGAGAACUCUUUAGAGAAAUGUGAAAUAGGAAGAGAUGAUGAGAGAUGACAAUAACAAAAGAGUGCAAGUCUUGCCGCUUUCUUUCCAAGAGACACCCCCCCACCCCACCCCAUCCCACCCCACCCCACUGCCCCAGUUACACAGAGAUCACUCCACCACGGAUACCACUAGAUUCUUCAGUGCGAAGUACAGGCUUGUACCAAUGACAGUUACCAGGGAGCACCUACAGCGAGACCGAUGCAGCCUGAAGCUCAAGACUAGUCACGUCCUGCUGUACUGGGAAUCCUCCCAGAUAGAAGUAUUACUGCUUUGGCUGUCUGUCUACACAAAGCUGGCACGAAUGACUUAACAACCGGUGCAAAAUGUUCUCAGCAUAAGUGAUGCCAGCUUGAGGCCUCACACAAGAAGACAUCCACGGCGAUUACACUCCUAACCGAGCUCUUUAUUAUUAACUGGAUUAACCAAACUACCUAUAGCUGACUGUCAUCCUAAACGCAGGUGUUUUGCCUCGGACUGCAACUCCAGAGAGAUGUCUCUUUCUCUGUUUGGGCUGGUGUUCCCCAGGGUUCAAUGUUUGGGACCCCGACUGAAGUAGAAUACCCUGGUGUUCAUGUAUGUUGGCUGGCGGAAUAGAUGCAGAAAGUCAAAGAAUAGACAGAGAGAUGGAAGUAGGGAUAGAGGGAUGGAUGAAAAGACGGAUGAUAGGGGGGCGGAGGGGCCUGCUCUGUCUUCAGCCCUUUGCAUGUGUGCAAUUACUGUAGGUUUAGUGUGAGUACUGUAUUACUGCACUAUAUGAAGGAUAGUUAUUUAUUGUGUCCGGAAGGAGUGUUUUUAUCCCGUACUUCUACUAUAUCAGGUAUUAAAAGAAUCUAAAAGCAUUCCAGCCUACGUAUUGAACAGUAUUUAAAGGACCAGUGGCAUGCCAUUUUUUUUUUUUUUUUUUUUUUUAGACGUAACUGCUUGUGUGUUUUAUUUAUAUGUGAUCACGUCAGGAAGUGUUACAUUGAUCUUCAGGGAGAGCAACGGAGGGAAGAUGAACAGAAGCUAGCUAAUCCGAAUCAGGACAAAGGAAGCUAAAGCAAACCAUACGAGGCUGCUGGUCAAUAAGCAGCCGAGUCGGCAGGUUGUUAAAUUAUUAAUAUAUUAAUUCAAAUGUACUAGUUGAAGGAUUGCCCUUCUGUUAACUAAGACAUUAUUUAGAUUUUUUUUUUUGGAAUUGGUUUUUACAUUGUAUUUACUGUAGGUAUUAAAAUAAGCACAAUGAUUGGUCCAUUCAAGUUGCAGUGUUAGCAAAAAAAGUACUGUAAGCAGUUUGUGGAUGACGUAAACAAAGGGAUCGUUUCAAUAUUUUACUGAAUAUUUUAAUUUCUUGUACAUACGAACUGUAACAAUGUCAGAAAAAAAGAGAUAGGAUAUGUCUGAGUAAUGCUAUAAAUUAAAUUGGAUUAUUUUUAUGGAGAUAAUAUAGUAUAUAAAAGGUUUUGUAUUCAUGACUCUCAUUGCUGAGCGUAACCUCACUGACAACUUGUUGUUUUUGACUGUUAAAAAAGGUUCGACGAGCAUUUCAUGAAUCUGUCUCGACAUGCUGCAUUCAUUAGGCAGAACACUUAGUCCUUUUUUAUUUAUUUAAAAGCAGUCUGGUUCCAAAUGUUGGAACUGUCUCAUCCCUCGGCACUAGCGCAGCCACUGUAAAUUCACAUCUCUCAGUUAUAAGACUCAGCGGAUAUUUGCAUUGUUAUCAUUUCCCUUUAAUCAAAUUCACUCUCAAUCUGAGCAAAGUGUACAUUGUAUAAACUCAGCAUUAGUACCAUAACGUGGUUUAAAAGCCCGUGUCAAUCAGCUAAUGACUGCAGCAUGUUGGUGUAGCUGGACAAACAAAUAUGUCACUGAUUACACAUUUAUUUACAUUAUUCUAAUGUUUCUGUACAUACUUUAUUUGCAAUUUUAUGUUGCUUGAAAAUAACUGUACAAAGGAUCUUUGUUGAAUCUUUCUAAAAUUAUCAUUGUAAAUGCAAUCUUAACAAGCUAGUAAAUAAAAUGUUCACAGUG